CCUGGGGUUAAGUGACCACAUCAUCAACUGGAUAACAGAUAGAGAUUAAAAUCCCUGCCCUUCUUUAUAAAAGGAGAGAAUAGGAGCGACAGAGGCACCUUUCUCCUUAUUCUUUCCUGCCGUUUCUCUCCCUUUCUCCCUCCAUCUCUCUCUCUCUACCUAAACCUGCCUACAUGGCGUUCAACGGCACGUGGAAAGUCGACCGCAACGUAAACUAUGACAAGUUCAUGGAGCAGAUGGGUAUUAACUUGAUGAAAAGGAAGUUGGCAGAGCAUGAUAACCUGAAACUGGUUAUUGAGCAAAAUGGGAACAAAUUCAGCAUUAAAGAGACCAGCAGAUUCAGAACCAAAGACAUCGAGUUCACCCUGGGAGUGCAGUUUGAUUACUCUCUCGCUGACGGCACUGAAAUGAACGGCACCUGGGAAAUGGAUGGAGACUCAGUGAUGAAAGGCAAUUUCACCCGGAAGGACAAUGGCAAAAUUCUGAGCACCACCCGCAUAUUUGAGGGAGAAGAGAUGGUUCAGACCUAUAGCUAUGAAGGUGUUGAUGCCAAAAGGAUUUUUAAGAAGGCCUAAAGCAGAUCUUUACCCAGGAUUCUAGCACUGCUGAAACAGGCAUUUUUAUGAACAAGAGCUGUACAGUUUUGAAGCAAUGAU